UGGACACAAUCGACCAGUGGAAGAAUCUAUUUUCGCCAUUUGCUUUGCGUGUUUGUGCAUCUUUUGUUGUGUUUAUGUUUGUGAUGUAAUUUAACUUUCCUGCGAUGGAGGUUAAAAUAGAACCGAGCGUGUUUGAUAUAAAUAAGAUAUGUAGGGCUUGCCUCUCGGAAAAGGGUGAAAUGAGGUCUGUGUUCUUGACCGAUGAAUCCACCGGACAUGCUAUCAUACUUGCAGAAAUGAUUACUGGAAUCUCUUCCGUACAGAUCGACAGUGGAGAUGGCUUACCCUCAUCAGUUUGCCUACAAUGUGUUCACCAAAUCAGCAACGCCUAUUCUUUCAAGCAGCUGUGCGAACAAUCCGAUAGCAAUCUCCGUCAGUACCUCGGUUUGCCCCCUAGCAUGAAGCACAGAAAAGAAGAAGAAACACCACAUGCAGCUGACUUCGCAACUACUUUACUCCUAGACAAUUUCGGACUGGAUUCUUCGUCAGGGGACAGCGACGAGGACGACUACAAAAUUGACUACAGUUUGCUACAAACGACACUAAGUGAAAACGUUAACGAUGAAAAAGCCAUCGCUCAAAGGCAACUUCUUAAAGCGGCGAAAUCCCAGAAAAAUAAACUAUCAAAAAAGAAGUUGCUUGCCAAGGCUGGAGGGAAAGCCGCAGUUUUAGCAGCUAAAAAACUAAAAAGGAACACCAACCAAUGCAACGUAUGCAAAAAGCAAUUCAUCAACAUGAAAUCAUUCAGGAAGCAUUUACGAACGCACAUUGAAGACCGUCCAUACAAGUGUAAGUUAUGUCCCAGGGGAUUCACCGAAGAAAAUUACUUGAACAACCACAUGCGAACUCACGUGCCUGAAGAUCAAAAGCCUCACGAGUGUAAAAUUUGUAAAAAGCGCUUCAUUCACACGACUUUGCUGAACAAACAUAUGCUGAAGCAUAGCGGGGAAAAACCCUUCGUCUGUAAAAUAUGCAAUAAAGGAUGUUACGCCGAAAAUAGUCUGCUCAAACAUAUGAAAAUACACGAAAAGAAGGAAGGAGAUCCUGCGUUACUAAAGCACAUUUGUGAUUAUUGCAAAACUGAGUUUCCAGACGCUACAACUUUGUCGGUGCAUAUAAAACAGCAUACGGGAGAUAGGCCGUUUGUUUGUAAUAUUUGUGGCAAGUGCUUCCCGCAGAGAUUUAAUUUAGAGUUGCAUCUCAGAACGCAUACGGGAGAACGUCCGUUCCAGUGUGAAGUUUGCAAAAAUGGUUAUGUCUCUAAGGCCAGUUUGAAAAUUCACAUGCGCACUCAUACGAAUGAACGUCCGUUUGUUUGUGAUUUUUGCGGCAAGGCCUUCCGGCAGUCGGGAGAUCUCACCAGUCAUAAGCGGCUUCACGGAACCGAAAAACCGAUCGAGUGUCAAGUUUGUCAAAAAAGGUUUACGACCGUAAUGAAAUUGAAAUAUCACAUGAGGAACCACACAGGUGAAAGGCCCUAUGUGUGUACUGUGUGUGGAAGAGGGUUUACUGUCAACACAAUUUUGCUCAGGCAUAUGAGAGUACAUUCUGGAGAGAGGCCAUAUGUUUGCGUCACGUGCGGAAAAGCGUUUUCACAAUCAAGUACUUUGAAUACACAUAUGAAGGUCCAUGCACCUUCACCCAAGUACAACAACCAAGAAUCUCAACAGCGAAUGCCGAAAUUUCACAACACAAACGAACAAAAAUUCCAACAAACCCAGCAUCAACCGCAACAGCAGCAACCACCCCCUGACCACACCAGCCGCCUAAUGCAAACGGAUAACCGCAUGAUGCAACCAGAACCACAACGCAUGAUGCCCCAAGACAACACUCGCAUGAUUUCCAGCGAUGGUUCGCGAAUAAUCACCGACAAUUCCCAUCUGUUGACAGAUAAUAGAGGUUUGAUAAAUGACAAUACGCGUUUAUUAACCAAUGACGGUGCCAGAUUGUUGGUUAAUAUGACUGAACCUCCUAGGCUACUUGUUCACGAUAAUUCUAGACUGGUGACGAAUGAUAAUCGGUUACUAACUAACGAUGGAAGGCUACUAACGAAUGUUAACGAUAACUCGAGGCUUUUAACUAACGAUAACGCGAGACAUUUAGCUGUUAUAGAAAGUUCUAGGAUUUUAGCUGAUAAGUAUUUAGCUAGUUACGAGCCAUAUCACCGAGCUCAUUUGUAAGAAUUGACGUCAGUUUAGAAGUUAGCUGAUUUCUGGUCAACAUUUAUGUGGUACUUUGUGUUUGCUGAAACUUACAUCCAAUUAAUUUUGCUUUUAACUUGCCCACAAGUUUAAAUGGUACAGAAAAGUGAAAAUUUAGGUGCAUAGCAUUUUCUUAACGUAUAUGUAUAUAAGAAAUUUUACUGCAACAGUUUUUUUGCAUUAAUUUAUGUAAUUAUUUAUGUAAGACAGAUUUUUUAAUUUUGGGUAUAAAAUUAAAAUUUUAUUUCCAUACUAGAACUCCGGAACUUGAAGGUCUAUUUGUUAAUACGUACAUUGAAAGGACCAAAAAUGUUUUUACAAUAUGUUUAAUUGUCUCACUUUUGUCCGUCUAUUUGUUUUCAACGUAAAAAACCAUUAAAGAAAACUAAUAAAAUUUUAAAAAUUUACUGGUUUUAACAAUAAAACAACAUCUUUUAAAGGUAAAGAAAAUCUAAAAUAUAAGUUAGUUUAUUUAUUUUUGGAGUGAUUGAAUACAGCUGGCUGGUUCUUUUUAAAGUAUGACUUCUUUUAAUUUCUAAAAGAUUUUUACUACAUAUCUGCUGCAUAUAAAUAGUUUUUGCGUUGUCGUUGCUUAUGUGUAGCAGUCGCCGAUUCGUCAAUAAUAAAUAAUAAAUCAAAACUUCAAAAAAUAGGAAUCUUAUACUAAUAAAGGUGCUAUAUGGGUGUUUAAACUUCAAAUAGUACAAAUUAUUUUCAUGAUAAAAAACUGUAAAAUAGACAUCCUUGGCGCACUACUUUAAUAAGUCACAGCUACAUGGUGUCGUGUUUAUUAGUACAUACUAUUUUUUUUUCUUCACUGUUAUAUACAGGUCCGAUCACUUACGGCACGUUACUUUUUUAACACUGGGGUGAGGUACCAAAGUCUGUUAUAAACAAGACAUUUCAAAGAAUUUGUCUUGUUAUUAAAAAAUUAAAUUGUUAAGUAUUUAAAUUAGCAGCAUGAAAAAAGUCUCAACAAUAAAUCGUGUGGAAUUCUUGACUUUUUUUUUAUUAUACUGACUUUUUUUUUAUUAUACUGACACUACAAAUGUCAAAUUGACAGCUAACUUCAAUGGAGAAAAACAAUAGUAGUGCCAUCAUAGUUUUUUAAAAAAUUAAUUCCAUGACUAGACUAGUUUUCUUUUUUCUCGAUCAAGAUCAAUUAAAAAUAUAAAAAAAAAAUGGAAAAUUUUAAAGACAUUUAAGUGACAAUUAGGAAUGACAAAUAAAUAUGAAAGAAAGAGUGAUAUAUUGACUUUAAAAAUGUUUAUUGUAAAAAUUAGAUUUAGUGUCAAUAAGCCGAGAUGCCUCACUUAAAAAGUGACGAAUUUCCUGCGAACCAUAAGUGAAAGGACAUUGUAUUAUUAGUAAAAAGGGUGCUUUAUUUUUACUGAAAUAGUUAUUUAUGAAAUUUCAAAACUACUGUGAUCUUUAUUUUGUCGAGACAGGGUGACCAUUUAGAUGUGAAUGUGGAAGCUGCACACAGUUGCCAUCUGCCAUUAAAAUAAAUAAAAUAUAAAAACGUUGCAAAUGUUUCUAAUAGUUUUGUAACUUGCGAAGUUAACAAAAUCCAGACUCUAAAAUGUUUGCAAAUAACGAAAAAAUUGUUAGAAAUGUCAAACUUGCCAUUGUAACGUUCUGAGUAAUUUUAGAUGAUCAAUAAUGGUGUUUCAUUUUUGUGGAUUGUCUUUUAAAUGAUCACUCUGUAGCAAAAUCUUCAUUUAAAUUUUCUAUCAUCUUUUAAUGACGAGUGUCGUUGGUACUUUAAUUUACACACAUCAAAGUCCACACUAAUUUCUUUCCAACCAAUAGUUCAACAAAGAUAUGUAUUGUAUUUCUCACUCACAGUAAACUGGUGGUUCUGUAUAAGUGGUAUAUCACAAACAAGGAUAUACCACUGAAUCAUUGAAUAUGUACCUCACAAAUAAAAUCCACUAUAACUAUGAUUACAUGCACGAGGCUGUAAUAGUUUCCGCAAUGUACAAACAUUUUCUAGAAACUGUAAAGGACAUUUCAUACCUCAAUGUGACAACUUAGAUUUCAAAAAUCCAUAUGUAAAGUCGCGAUCUUUUCUAUAGAACCACUCCCUAGUGUAAAUUUUCAAAAUUUGUUUGGUGUAAGUGACCUUGACGGGUUUCUGGGGGAAAACAUAUGUGUCAAAAAUUUGACAGGUUAGAUGGCCCCAUUGUCAAUGUAGAUAUUUUAUUUUAAUAAAUAGAUGAACAGAACAUACAGUCUGCACGGGAUACAGUGCGGCAUAGCUGAGGGCAACCGAAACAUUCGUGUUGUGCUAGUUUCGAUUGCCAUGUCAACUACCGCUACCAACCGCGUUCGGCGUAAAGUACUAGAUGACAGGGCUGCCAACUUGACUUUUUAUCGAGUGGUUCCGUAGAAAUGACCGCUACUGUAUAUAACAAACCAAUUUUUUUAAGUAUUGUCAUGUCUUGCGUAAGUAUAAGCAAAUCAUUACAUAUAAUGCUUUUAAAAUUUGAUCUGUUAAAUAACAAAAAUUUGAAAUUUAAUUUGCGACUAGACUUCCAAUGUUUUCAAUGGCACCUUAAAUAUUUUUUUAGUUACUUUUUGUAUGAAAUCAGCAAAUAGGUCUACAGGUUAGUGUGUAUUCAAAGAAAUGAUAAUCAGUGUAUAUAUUAUCUACUACAUUUAUUUAGCCAUCAUGUAACUGCAUCUGAGAUUUUGUUUGUGUCUUCUGAAACUUAGUGCUACAAUAAACAUAACCUAUGUAAUAACAUAGUGUAAGUUUCUAAAUUUAUUCAAAUAAAAUUUUUGUAUACAA